AUGGCAAAUUCCCAUCUCAAUUCCUUCCUCAUGAUACUAGUUACAGUCACUUUAGCAUCAAUCAAUGGUGGAAAUAUGGUUUCUGAGGCGCGUAAUCUAUUGGAGGUACCCGAGUUUCCAAAGCCUCAAGUUCCAGAUAUUCCGAAACCAACACUUCCUGACAUUCCGAAGCCCAAACUUCCCGAGGUACCAAAACCUGAGGUCCCUGUGCUUCCAAAGCCUGAAAUUCCCAAGCUUCCCAAGCCCACACUUCCUGAGAUUCCCAAGCCUACAUUUCCUGAGAUUCCAAAGCCCACAAUUCCAGAAAUUCCAAAGCCAGAGCUGCCAGCACUUCCAAAACCAGAAGUACCAAAGGUGCCUGAAUUCCAUGAUAUCCCUAAGCCCACAUUGCCAACAAUACCUGGAUUGCCCAAGGACCUUCCUCUACCUCAUCCAUAG